AUGGCUAUUAUAGCACAUCUAAAUCGUGUUUGUGAUGUAUGUGCUUGUUAUGAUCGACAAUAUUUAUUUACAAGUAGUACAAUUGAUAAUAUCGCACAUAUGUCACGGGUUAAUCCACCAGUAUUGCAUGCUCAAGCACAAUUGAGUGAAAAAGAUUUAUUACCAUUUUAUAAAUUAUUAGGAUGGAUGUGGAUUGAAGCUGAUAAAACAACUUUGUCGAUUGCUUAUCAACGAAAUGGAUUACCAGAAUGUGUACCAUGUGUGGCAGAGGAUCAAGACAUAUGGUUUACUUAUAGCAAUACACAAAUUCAUCUACGAGUUAUCGAUACGGCUGGAGAGGAAGAUUUUCAUAAUCUACGACCACUUACUUAUCCGAGGACAGAUGUCUUUAUACUUUGUUUUUCACUGGUGCAUCCACUAACUUUUGAAAAUAUUGAAGAAAAAUGGUAUCCUGAAAUUAAACAUUAUUGUCCAAAUGCUGUUACUGUAUUGGUAGGAACAAACUUGGAAUUACGUGACGAUACUGGAAAAGUCUCGAAUUUGGAAAAAUUACAAAGAAAACCAAUUAGUUUUCAACAAGGUUGUUCGAUGCAAAAACGAAUUCAAGCGCAAUCAUAUAUCGAAUGUUCGGCUGCAACUAUGAAAAAUGUCAAAAUAUUAUUCGAAGAAAUUGUACCGGCCGCAAUAAUGAAGUCACAAGAGAAUUUUAGUUCAAUAUGGCCAAAAGGAUUUUUCAAGGAUGCUGAUAAAUUUGUUUCAUAUGGUAUUAAUGGACAAAUGCUUUUAUCUGCUAUUGAUGAUGAAAGUUUACAAGAUGAUUUAAAUCAGUUUCUUCCCCUAGCAUCAAAAGCAGUUUUCUAUCAGCAAUUUAGGGGUGAUUUUAAUUCACCAUUUCCUAAUGAUCAAUUCAUAGAAGGUGAAUAUAAAAAUCUAUCAUCUUGUGCGUUGUUAGCUGAUAAUUCACAACAUGUCAAUCUAUAUUCGCGUAUUCAACAAUGGAUUGAUGAUUUGCCAAACGCAAAUGAAUUAUCUGAUAAUGAUUUAUCUACACAAUCAAAAAAUUUAAAAUCCGAUGAAAUAAAUUUAUCUAUGAUAGAAAAUAAUGAUGAAGAUAUUCUUGCAAAACAACAAAGAUUAAAAGAAGAAGCUAAAGUUGCUCUUGUACUUGGCGCAAAAAUGGCACGAAUGCAAGUACAAAUUGAACGACGAGCUUUAAAAAAGAAAAAAUCACCACUUUAUGAUAUUAUUGGUAUUAAUACGAAUGAUGAUAAACCAUUAACUCUUCGAAUGCUUGAAGAUAUGAAUAUUUGUCAAUUACAAGUUAUUGUUAAUGAUUUACAUUGUCAGAUUGAAGAUUCAAUUCUUGUUGAUAUUGAAGAUUUAACAAAACGUUUACAAGAACGUGCUGCUAGUUUAUCACCAGAAUCAAAACGAACAUCAACAAAUGGUGCAGCACAACGUAUUUAUAUUGUAAAAUCAUCAACAACACAACAACAAGAUGUACAGAAAAAAUCUAUUCUUCAUAAUCUUUUACGUAAAGCUACUUUUACUUAA